AUGGAUCACGAAUCAUCCGCAGCUGAGCUUCACGCUACGGCCGUCGAACCACGCCUGAAGGAACACAAAGACAUGGCUGGCGGCGUGGAACCAGCAAAACCCGAAUACCCCCACGAAGAGCAUGGAGAAAUUGCAAGUCUCAGCAACGAUGGCGACCAGCCAACCGAAGAAGAAAGACGAACACUACGAAAAGUUUCCGACAAGCUUCCUUGGGCCGCGUUCAUCAUCUGCAUCAUCGAACUUUGCGAGAGAUUCACCUACUACGGUCUUUCUGGUCCUUUCCAAAACUACAUUGAGAAUAGCUAUGGUGGCAGAGUGCCUGGAGCUAUUGGCCUUGGACAAACCGGAGCCACUGGCUUGACCGAUUUCUUCCAGUUCUGGUGCUAUGUUUGCCCGGUGUUUGGCGCGAUCGUCAGUGAUCAAUACCUUGGAAAGUACUGGACCAUCUUCUACUCCGCUCUCAUCUACAUUUUGGGCAACUUGAUUCUAUUUUUGACUUCGCUCCCUGUUGCCAUUGAGAACGGUGCUUCUCUGGGAGGUCUGAUCGCCGCCAUGAUUAUCAUUGGUAUCGGUACUGGUGGUAUCAAGUCGAACGUGUCGCCUCUUAUUGCCGAGCAGUACCAGAACACCAGCCAAUUCGUCAAGACUCUGAAGAGCGGAGAGCGAGUCAUCGUCGACCCUGGAAAGACAAUCCAGAGAAUCUACUCCAUCUUCUACAUGAUGAUCAAUAUCGGCUCUUUAUCGUCUAUCGCCACAACCGAGCUCGAGGCCAACAUUGGUUUCUGGCCCGCUUAUCUGCUUCCCUUCCUCAUGUUCCUGGUCGGAUUCGCAGUUCUCGUUGCUGGAAAAUCCAAGUACAAGGUCAGAGCACCUGCCGGUUCGGUCAUCCCCAAGGCCUGCAAAGUCAUGUGGAUUACCAUGAUGAACAAGGGCAACUGGAACGCUGCAAAGCCAGAGUACUCGGAAGAGUUUACUGGUGGCAAGAAGUACAACUUGAAAUGGGAUGGCAUCUUUGUUGAGGAAGUCAAGCGCGCCCUUGUUGCUUGCAAGGUCUUCUGCUUCUUCCCCAUUUACUGGGUCGUCUAUUCUCAGAUGCUCAACAACUUCAUCUCUCAGGCUGGUCAGAUGCAGCUUCAUGGCAUCCCCAACGAUUUGAUGCAGAACUGGGAUCCUAUCACCAUCAUCAUCUUCAUUCCAAUCAUCGACUACCUCUUCUACCCUGCUCUCGGCAAGCUUGGAUUCCAGAUGAAGCCCAUCACCCGUAUUACUCUUGGUUUCAUGUUCGGUGCCGCUGCCAUGGCCUACGCUGCUGGUGUACAGAAGCUCAUUUACAAGACUGGACCUUGUUAUGAUGCGCCCGGUGCAUGCGAAGCUGGUUUACUCCCUGACGGCACCUACGCUCCCAACAACGUUCACGUUGCGAUUCAAGCCCCUGCAUACCUCCUGAUUGGUCUCUCUGAGAUCUUCGCCAGUAUCACAGGUCUUGAAUACGCCUUCACAAAAGCACCUGCAAGCAUGAAGUCGUUCAUCAUGUCACUGUUCCUUUUGACCAGUGCAUUCGGAUCAGCGCUUGGUAUUGCCCUCUCUCCCACUGCAGUCGACCCCAAGCUUCUCUGGAUGUACGUCGGCCUCUGUGUUGCCUGCUUUGUGGCCGGUGUCCUCUUCUGGAUGAUCUACAGCAAGUACAACGACACCGAGGAGGAGAUGAACGAGCUUGAGAAGUUUACCGCGCCAGCCAAAUCAGUUGAUGUUGGAGAUGAGGAGAAGGCAGCUGCUGCCGAGGCUCCUGCUCGUGAGAGGCCGGUGUCUGCAUAG